AUGGGCGACUCGAUCAUCAAUUUUGAUUUGGAUGUUUUUCCUGAAGUUGCAUGUGUGCCAGCAUACCCCGACGAACUCCGUCCUUAUGUUGGUAUGAAAUUCCAUUCAUUAGAUGAGGGUAUUGCCUAUGGGCGUGAAACUGGUUUCGAUAGAGGGAUUGAAAUGGAUGAGAUGCAUGCACAAGAGGGUUUUAUAACCAAACGUAGACGCACAUCCAAAAGGUUGGGUGAAGUACACAUGCGAUUCAUAUGGGACUGCACGAAAGCCAAUAUUGGACCCACCAUGACAUUCAAAUUCUUGAAUGAGUUCUUGGGCGGCUAUGACACUGUGGGAAUCAACGUGGCAGAACUUAGUAAUUAUGUCCAAGGUCUGAAAACUUAUGUCGAAGGUUCUGAUGCACAAAUAUUGUUAGAUGAAAUGGCGAGGAAAAAGAAGGCAUGUCCUGAUUUCACAUAUCAGUAUUGCAUGAUAUUUUCACCCUUCACGGGCAAGGAUUACCAUGGAAAGCCAGUCACAUUUGGAGCUGCACUCUUAUCCAAUGAGACCACAGAAUCUUAUUCAUGGCUCUUCAAGCAUUUUUUGGAAUCCAUGGGUCAAGCUCCUAAGAUGAUUGUUACUGACCAAGAUAGAGGUAUGAGAGCUGCUAUUCGUGAUGUUUUGGUGGAUACAAAGCAUAGAUGGUGCAUGUGGCACAUUAUGCUUAAACUUACCGACAAAAUUCCAAGGAGAUCUCUAGAAAAUGAAGAGUUGAAAAAAGAGAUCAGUGCUUGUGUGUGGUCUGAGGUACUAGAGCCGGAAGAGUUUGAAGAUUCAUGGAUGGGGAUAAUGGAGCGUUAUGAGCUUCUUCAUGUCGAGUGGUUUGUAACAAUGUUUGACGAUAGAGAGAUGUGGGUCCCUGCCUAUUUUAGAGACUUUCCCAUGGGGUCUCUUAUUAGGACGACAUCUGUUUCCGAGUCUGAGAAUAGCUUCUAUAAAACAUUCACAAGACCUCGCUCCAAUCUAGUUGAGUUCAUCAUGAAUUUUGAUCAUGCAUUGGCUGCACAGAGAAAUUCUAGCUCGAAGUUAGAUUAUAUGGAUUCAACUAUUAUACCACCGUUCUCCAGUCAGUUGGUAUUAGAAAAACAUGCUGCAACAAAGUACACUGAUCACAUGUUCAAGAGAGUGCAACGUGAGAUAGUGGAUGCAUUGCACCAUUGUAGCACUGAUGGUUUGUUGAAAGAUGAUGUGUUAGAGAUCUCCACAAUAAAGGACAAGUAUAGUAAAUCUUGGGUUGUUACCUACACGACCAGUGAGGAUUCGUAUUCCUGUUCUUGCAAAUUGUUUGGGAGAGAGGGAAUUCUUUGUAGUCAUAUAUUUUUGGUUUUCAAGAACAGGUUUUUGAAGGUUAUACCUGAUAAGUACUUCCAUGUGAGGUGGUUGAAGACUGCCUUAGCUGAUGCUAUUCGUGGACCAGCUCGAUGUUUGGGAGAUCCUGAACUUUUAUCAGAUCCAAACCAACUGUCAAAGAAUAAAGUUGCUGACAUAUUUUUCAGUUACAUGAAAAAAUUUGAUGGUGAUAGUGCCAUCAUUGAUUUGUUUUCAGCUGGAAUUGAUGAGCUUGGGAAGAGUCUUAUGACAAGAAUCCAUGAACCAUCUUCAGCAGACAAGGAUAAGCCAGUUAAAGAUUUCUAUUUUGCUGAAAAGCCAGCUGUGGUUAGAGUACAUCCACCAUCAGUUGUGUCCACCAAAGGUUCGAAAAGUGAUUCUAAAAGCCGUUUGGUGUCCGCGAAGGAAAAGACUAUAAAGUUGAACAACAAACCAUUGCGUCAGUGUAAAAAAUGUGGCGAAUUUGGUCACCAUGACUCUAGGAACUGUGGUCGACAAAAGGGAAAAUAA